AUGGCGGUUCGACACAGGAAGGCGUUCGUCAUUGAGAAGUACAUCCAGCCCGAGGAGCUGCCGACCCGGCUCGUCGAGUGGGACGAGCCAAAGCCCGCCGAGAACGACAUCGUUGUCGAUGUACACUACGCCGGCCUCAACUUCUUCGACAUCCUCCAGGUCCAGGGCAAGUACCAGAACAAGCCCGCGUUCCCCUGGAUCGCCGGCUGCGAGUUCUCCGGCAUCGUCUCGUCGUCGUCGCCCAUCCCCGAGGGCUGCACCUACGUUCCGGGCGUGACGCGCGUCUUUGGCGCCGGCCAGGGCGCGUACGCCGAAAAGAUAAAGGUCGACUGGCGCACGGUGAUCGAGGUGCCCGAGCGCAUGGCACUCGACGAGGCGGCGGGACUGUACAUCACGGCGCCGACGAGCUAUGCUGCGCUCGUCACGAGGGCCAACACGCAGCCCGGCGAAUGGGUCCUCGUGCACGCCGCCGCCGGAGGAGUCGGUCUCGCCGCCGUCCAGAUCGCCAAGGCCCUGGGCGCAAAGGUCAUUGCGACCGCCGGCUCGCAGGCCAAGCUCGACGUCGCCAAGCGGUACGGCGCCGACUUUGCGAUCGACUACCGCAAGGACGGGUGGCAGAAGGAGGUCAUGGCCAUCACCGAGGGCCACGGCGCCGACGUCGUGUACGACCCGGUCGGCAUGAUCGUGCCGAGCCUCAAGUGCAUCGCGUGGAACGGCCGCCUCGUCGUCGUCGGUUUUGCCGCCGGCUCGAUCGAAAAGAUCCCGGCCAACCUGCUCCUGCUCAAGUCGGCGUCGGCCAUGGGCGUCUUCUGGGGCGGCCUCACGUCGCGCACGCCCGAGGUCGUCCCGCAGACGUGGCUCGCGCUCCUCGACCUGCUCGACAAGGGCUCGGUCAAGGGCGCCGUGUUUGACAAGGUGUUUGACGGCCUCGAGAGCGUGCCAGAGGGCCUCAGGGCGCUCGGCGCGAGGGAGACUUGGGGAAAGGCUGUUGUCAAGAUCAAGGGCGGCAGGGAGGGCAAGCUCUGA